AUGGCUGGUUAUGAAAUGCUUGCUGUUGCAUCAGGUAGUGGCUCUCCGUAUGUUUGUGCCGCUCGUUCUGGCUUUGACGACACGACACAGUGGCACACUGUGGUGCUUCAAUGCUCCCCCAAUGCCACUUUCUCAAAUGCGACAAUCACGUUCACCGGUCCAAUGGUCCAGGCCAUGGAGGUCACACCUUUGGAGGAAACCAAUGUGGUCGCGCCCAGCACCUAUGCUGUGAGAUUUGUGUAUCCCGACAACAGCACCUUUGUCAAUGCAUUCGUCGGUACCACGACUAUUUCCAUCACCCUAGCUUCAGGAAUCAUCACCGGAGACUUCAUUAUCCCGGAAAAACAUCUGCACGCCGAUCUGACGGGCAUCACCGCGGGCAACCAGCUUGCUGCGUCAGCUGGCUACGCCAUCAUCGAUACUGAUAAGAAUAAAGUAUCUCUGAACAUCUUCUUGGCUGGUCUCCGCUCGGAUAUCACCAAGGCAACACUGUACAGCAAGGAUGGUAUGUACGAGAAUGACGUCACCUCUUGCUUCGACGAUGCAAUCUGCAUUACCAGUUUCGAUUGGCCAACGUUCGGCUCCGCUCACCAACUGACCGACAGUUAUCUCUACGUCAAUAUCAGCACCAAGAUGUUUCCUGACGGUGCUCUGCGCGGACAGUUUGCGCAAAGGGCUCUGGCCAUGAGCAUCUUCGACGCCAACCCGAUUGAACUAGUCGCAGCGCUGUCAGAGCAGCAAGCGAAUCCAUCCAAUCCCAUAGCAGUCGGCACUGGCGGUUCGGCAAGCUUCUGGAUUCUUCCACCAGAGAGAGCAUAUGCACGCGUGAAUGCUUGUGAGUGUUAA